AUGGCGGCCUACAAGCAGGCAUAUGCAGGAAAUACCAUGGCUCAACAACCACCUGCGGAUCCUUACUCUGGAUAUCUCCUAAUUGAAGAAGACGAAGAUGAUGAAACUGGUACGUCCUGCUGUUGGGGAUUCUGCAAUAGUUACCUACGAGAAUUGCCAUUCCCCCAAGAUAAAUGCUUAACAAUCCAGUACACUACGAGUAAUGGGCUAAACACUACAAGCAAUGGGCUAAACACUCGAACAGAAUACGAUAGAGUGUAUUUUAUUCCUGUUUUGGGGCAGCCCAUCUCCUCCCAUUGCUACUAUGUCGUGCGAGCUGAGGGCAAGCACAAGGGAUUAGUGGAAACAUGCUCUACUGAAGAAGACAUGUCGAGACUUUUUUGUUUUAGAUGUGUAAACGACGUUCGUCCUAGACCUUUGCAACCCACCAACUCAUAUCAACAUAUGCAGAUAAUCUCCAAGAGAAAAUCAAGUUUCACAACAAAAUGUGUAGCUGCUGAUGGUUACCCACCUCAAUUUUUGCGUAGGAAGGGUUGGAGUGUGGUAGCUAAAAACAUGCGUGGCAAACAUGGCAGACUUGAACAUGUUAGAGGGGAAAAUACUGAUCUUAGAAGACAAUCUCCCCCAUUUGAUUUCUCUUUGGUGCAGAGAACUUCCCCUGUCGUUCUAGUUGGGGAGUGGUACUGCCCCUUUAUCUUUAUCAAUGAAUUGGGUACCAGAUUGGAAGAUCCUAAGAUUCAGGUCAUGGAGUGUCCCUACUACAAGAUGGAUCUGGAAAAGUUCUGGGAAGAGAUAUACUCUAUUCAAGGUAUGACAGAAAAAUAUGUUGAUGUGGACAAAACCUUAAAGGCAGAAGAAGGGCUAUUGUUUGGAAAAGAGGUAACUGAGGAAAUUAGAGACAAUGAUGGAAGUGUUUUUUUCAAAGGUGUGGGCAAGCAAUCAGGACAAGCUACUGGUGUGAAGCUUAGCCGGUCUAUCAUUGCCAAAAUGAGGGCAGAUCGAGAUAGAUAUGGAUUAGAACGAGGAAUUGAUGUAAGGGUGAAGAAAUCAUUUAGUAGCAGUGGGAUGGAAAGAAAAUUUUCCUGUUAUAUUGUAGUGGAAAGGUAUGUAUUGAAAAGAAUGGAUGGGAGCAUUGCCUUUACUUAUUCAUUUAGAAAUUCGAACCAAAUCCAGGGGAAGUGGGAAGCAUGA